CAACUAUUCCCAACAAGGAUAUCCACACACGAGUGUAAACUUUCACCUCAUCUCACCCCGCAUCUUUAGCAUUAGUCUCGUUUAUCGCCAAAUUACAUGGACACGUGCAUAUACUACAGUGCUAGUUCAUGUGUUUCCCUUGUUCAGAUGUUUCUGGUGGUUUUUCUGUGAGCGCUUGGCUGAAGCUGAGAAGGAUCCACUCUGAAGCAGUUUCUGUAACGAGCCAUCAUGGUCCGCCUCACCAUGGAUCUGAUUACCAAAUCCAGCAACCAUUUCAAAAACAAGAGAAGCUACUCCCUCCCAAAGUACCUCAAGAAACUGACUCAUCUGAACUUCUCCAACAGGAACAUAGAGGACAUUGACGAUCUCUCCAUGUGCAGAAACCUCACAGUCCUCUACCUGUACGACAAUCAGAUCAGCCAGAUCUGCAACCUGGGUUUUGCCUCCAACCUCACUCACCUAUACAUGCAGAACAACAACAUCACUCACAUAGAUAACCUCUCCGGCCUGCAGAAGCUCUCCAAACUGUACCUGGGGGGAAACAGCAUCACGGUGGUGGAGGGGUUAGAGGAGCUGGGGGAGCUGAAGGAGCUCCACAUGGAGGGCCAGAGACUCCCCAGUGGAGAGAAGCUGCUCUUUGACCCCAGGACUCUCCUCUCCCUCGCUGAAUCUCUAGGUGUCUUGAAUAUCAAUAAGAACAACAUAGAUGAUGUCAGAGAUCUUGCCAUUCUAAAGAAACUCACACAUUUCUUUGCUGCAGACAACCAGCUACAGGACAUGCAGGAUAUAGAGUUGGUGUUCAGCCAAUGGCCUCAGCUGCAUCGAAUGGAUUUGAGUGGAAAUCCUGUGUGCCACAAACCCAAGUACAGAGACAGGCUGAUAACUGUGUGCAAAAGCCUGAACGAACUUGAUGGGAAGGAAAUUAAUGAGUUGUCCAGGCAGUUCCUGAUUAACUGGAAAGCGUCGAAAGACGCCAAGAAAAAACUGAAAGAUGAAAGAAUCAUGACAGGCCAGAUCACCUAUCCCUUUACUGCAGACUUCCACAUGGGCCCCCAUCCUUCAUCCAAAUAUAACUGUGCCAACGUCCUGGGAAAGAGGAAUCCUCCGGGGUGUGGGAGACCCAGCAGGAAGGUCCGCUCAGAACACUCACAACUGGACAGCGCAGCAAUGAGGCCACGGAACGUGAAGAUCCCAGUGAGUGCGGGGCUGCUUAGUGAUGUGGCCGACAAUGCUAAUGUCUGCGGCCUGUAAGACGGACAUGCCAGCUCUGCUAACACACAUUCACUCUGGUGACCCUCUCACAUACACUCUGGUGACCCUCUAACACACAUUCACUCUGGUGACCCUCUCACAUACACUCUGGUGACCCUCCAACACACACGCACACAUAAUAUACACUCUGGUGACCCUCUCACAUACACUCUGGUGACCCUCUAACACACAUUCACUCUGGUGACCCUCUCACAUACACUCUGGUGACCCUCCAACACACACGCACACAUAAUAUACACUCUGGUGACCCUCUAACACACACGCACACAUAAUAUACACUCUGGUGACCCUCUAACACACACGCACACAUAAUAUACACUCUGGGUACCCUCUCACAUACUCUCUGGUGACCCUCUAACACACACACACACAUUUACUCUGGUGACCCUCUCACAUACACUCUGGUGACCCUCUAACACACACGCACACAUAAUAUACACUCUGGUGACCCUCUCACAUACACUCUGGUGACCCUCUAACACACAGGCACACAUAAUAUACACUCUGGUGACCCUCUCACAUACACUCUGGUGACCCUCUAACACAUACACACACACAUAAUAUACACUCUGGUGACCCUCUAACACACACACAUAAUAUACACUCUGGUGACCCUCUAACACACACAUAAUAUACACUCUGGUGACCCUCUAACACA